AGUGGAGGAGAGACCAGAGUGCAUCGGAAUGGGCGUCUUGCCCCUCCAAAACACAUCUGCUUAUUGAGAUUUUGCCACAGGACACCAGGGAGGAGAAGAGAGCAACUGAAUAGUGAAAGGAUGUUUUCUCUGUUCUGGAGGAUCCUGUUGGAGCUCUUACUGGUUUGGUGGAUGUUUGAAGGGGUCAUCAGGUGUGUGUUUAGUAAGGAGCUGAAAUCGCCCAGCAGCAUGGUGAAGCCCAUGUCACCAUCUGAUUUUCUGGAUAAAUUAAUGGGAAAAACAUCUGGAUAUGAUGCUCGGAUCAGGCCCAACUUUAAAGGUCCUCCUGUAAAUGUCACUUGCAACAUUUUUAUCAACAGUUUUGGUUCCAUCACAGAGACCACCAUGGAUUAUCGGCUGAACGUUUUUCUACGGCAGCAGUGGAAUGACCCACGGCUGGCUUAUAAAGAGUAUCCAGAUGAUUCUCUGGAUCUGGACCCAUCCAUGCUGGACUCCAUCUGGAAGCCAGACUUGUUCUUUGCCAAUGAGAAAGGUGCCAACUUUCACGAGGUCACCACGGACAACAAGCUACUGAGGAUUUUCCAGAAUGGAAAUGUGCUGUAUAGCAUCAGACUCACUCUGAUUCUGUCAUGUCCUAUGGAUCUGAAGAAUUUUCCAAUGGACAUACAGACCUGUACUAUGCAGUUAGAGAGCUUUGGCUAUACUAUGAAUGAUCUGAUAUUUCAGUGGUUGGAUGAAGGCCCAGUGCAGGUGGCUGAUGACCUUACGCUGCCCCAGUUUGUCCUGAAAGAGGAGAAAGACCUGGGAUACUGUACAAAACACUACAACACUGGUAAAUUCACCUGUAUAGAGGUGAAAUUUCAUCUAGAGAGGCAGAUGGGUUACUACCUGAUCCAGAUGUAUAUUCCCAGCCUCUUAACAGUUAUCUUGUCAUGGGUCUCCUUCUGGAUCAACAUGGAUGCCGCCCCGGCCCGUGUCGGUCUGGGCAUCACUACAGUUCUCACAAUGACAACACAGAGCUCUGGAUCCAGAGCAUCCCUGCCUAAGGUGUCCUAUGUGAAGGCCAUUGACAUCUGGAUGGCAGUGUGCUUGCUGUUUGUCUUUGCUGCUUUGCUGGAGUAUGCAGCAGUUAACUUUGUCUCUCGGCAACACAAAGAAUUCUUCAGACUGAGGAGAAAACUGUGGGAGGAGCAACGCUACAGAGUUGCAUCUGGUCAGGCUGGAGGAGCAGAGAUGAAGAACAAAAGCAACAACAUCACUGGGAGUACGCCAAGCAGAAGCACACAACGCCAGUGCAGUGCCUGUGCACGGGAAGAGCAGUUAGCCUCACAGAAUCAGGACUUGUACUUCACAGGAUACGGGAUGGACAGCUGUCUGUCUGGGGAUGGGCCUCUCUCUGAGGCUGCUGCCAUGUUUGCGGGCCUGCCACCUGGCCAUGUCCUGUUUGAGAUCCGCCGGCGCUUCGUGGAACGAGCAAAGCGGAUUGACACCAUCUCACGAGCCGUCUUCCCUCUCAGCUUCCUCGUUUUCAACGUGUUCUACUGGAUCACGUACAAAGUGCUUAGAAAUGAGGACAUUCACCCUGCCCUGCAACCCUGACUCCCUUAAAAGACUUUCCCAGCAUCCCAUUUUGUGAGCCAGUUUAAAUCCAAUGUGAGGAUGAGAUCCCGUAUCAAGGACAUUUAAAAUGAAACCGGUUGAGGAAAAGGUACAACACGUUCUCUCUGCAUGAGUGAACAUAUAUGCAUGGAUCUAAAAAGACCACUUUUACAAAGAUCUAAGAAAACUACUUUGUUUAUAUGCAGAAUGGCUGAAUCACUCCU